AUGCGACCAGGUAGUCAGUUCACUCCGAAAGCUAUUCAAGUGUUCAAAAGUUUCGCCACUGCCGCACCUGCAGUGAUGGAGGUCGGUACGCAAAGCGGAAUCCCUAAGGAUUUAAUUGGAGGAGCCAUUGGACAGUUAUGCAAUGAGGAGGGGGAUGCCACAUCCAACGGCGGUGUGCCCUUCAAGGCUGCAGAGAUACGAUUAUAUUCCCCACCACCACUGAAAAACAGCAAAGCACAGGUCAUGCUGCUCUUCCGUGGCACAAAGUUCGUAACUGUCGAAGAAAGUAUUGGGGCCGGACCGGAAGGAACGAUUUUGUUUUUCUCAAGUUCAUUGCUUGUUGCGCUCCCAUACGGAGUGCUUCAGGAGGGGGAAUCCAAUGCGUUUCGCAUCACGUUGUGUCGCGUGGAGCGGCGGCCCGAUUCAGCUAUUCUCGACAAGUCCCACCUACCAGAUAAAGAGCUGGCAAUAUUGGAAAAACAUGCUAACGAUGUGGAGAAACUUAAAGCGUCGGUCAGUCAGUGGCCGCACGAAGGCAGUGAUAACACUGUAUACGACGGCACAAUGGAAUAUGGGGACUACGGAAUGGUUUAUUGCUUUAAUACUAACUAUGUAGGGGUAAGCACACUGCUGAGCGCGGAUGUGCAAUGGGGUGAGACAGUACUGACACAUAGUUCGGAGGGGAAACGUGUGUAG